AUGUCUUCUUCUUCACCCGUUGAGAUCCGUCCACACCCCUCCAAAGGCCGCGCCCUCCACGCAACCAAAUCCUUCCCUCCCGGCGCCGUCAUCUUCUCCUUCACUCCCCUCCUCCUGCUUCCCACCGUCGCCUGCCUCACAAGCGUCUGCUCGCACUGCCUCCGCCCCGGCGAACCCCGUCUCUGCUCGCGCUGCCAUGCGGCCGCGUACUGCGACGCGACGUGCCAGGCAGCCGCAUGGAAGGCGGUGCAUUCGCGCGAGUGCAAGGCCCUGACCAAGACCAUCAGGGACGAGGAGCGGAGGCGGAUGCUGCCGACGCCGACGAGGGCUCUGAUUCAGGCUCUGCUGUGGGGGAAGAUUCGGGACGGGCUGGCGGAUCUGGAGGGGCAUGUGCUGGAGAAGAGGGCGGAGGGGGAUGAGUGGAGGGAUAUCGAGAUGAUGGCCGUGGCGGGCUGUGCGUUCUCGGGGUUGGGCAGGGGUGACCAGGAUGUGCGGAUGGCGGCUGAGAUGCUUUGCAAGAUUCAGAACAAUUCUUUCCAGAGGUUUGAUUCCGAACUGGGCGUUGCCGGACUCUAUCUCGAACCUACUCUAGCCAUGGCCAAUCACUCCUGCAUCCCGAAUGCAUCAGUCCAGUUCAUCGGGCGAAACGCCCUCCUCAUCGCCGAGAACCCCAUCCGGGCUGGCGAUGAGAUUGAAAUCGCUUAUACGUUCUACACAGAUCCUCUGCCCAAACGCAGAGAAGCACUGGCUCACUAUAAGUUUACAUGCCAAUGUCUUCGUUGCCGGGAUAAUCUCAACGUCUAUCAGGUCGCAGCCAUCUCCCCCUGCGUCAACCUCAACAGCCAGAGUCUCGUGCCAGAUGUAUCAAAACUUCGCAAUCAUCCUGCAACCAGUAGCGCCGCCAAGCAGGCCAUUGUCAAUCAGCACAGCGAGUCGGUGGAGCAUAUAGUGGACGCGUUGGCCGUGAUCGAGUCGCUGUCGGAGCGGCGCAAGCUAUUGAAGAGCGAGUUUAUCAAGAAGAAGGCUCUAGUGGAAGAAGAGCUCUGGGCCGUCACGCCGCUGCCCGACAUUCUGUAUAGAAUAUCCAUGCUUUACAGCGAGGAGGAAAACUACGCCUUUGCCCUGGCUGUGGCUUGUCUCGUCGCGACGGCUUGCGAUCCGUAUCAGUAUCCCUCGCCUUACCAUCCCAUUCGACUCGCCGGCUUGUUCACAGUUGCCAACCUGCUUUCCAACACCGCCGCAGCAACGGCUUCCCAGACAAGUUCGGCUGUGCCCGUUUCCAACAAGGCGACCUUGGAGCAGGAGAUUGAGGAGACGCUGCGAGAAAUUGAUCAGGCAUCGCUGUGCCAGAUGCUGCUUAUUAUGAUUCUUCGGUACACACCAGAUGAAUACGGCACGGAGAUCGGCCUAGCUGUCAGAGCCCGGGCGCUUCUGGAUGACAUUGAGAAGCUGGCGGGUAGAGAGAAGGAGACAUCUCUCAUUGACGAGUGGCGACGGGAUCCUAGCAGCGAAAAGUCUCAGGCCUUUUUUGAGUUUGCUGUCGUGAAGCAAGUGGAUGCCUUGGCUGGCCUAGGCAAGAAAGUCUUGAGACGGGAUUUCGAGUCUUGA